AUGGCUACCCGUCAGAGCGUGAGGUCCGUCACCCACACGGAAAAGGGCUUGGCCCUAGAGGCUUCCCGCAAGGCGGCGGCGCGUAGGGACGCAGAAGACUCCGAGCGCCCGUCCUUCAGGGCGGCAGGCGAUGGGCACGCGCAAAAGGUGGCGAGGUUUGGUGGAGAAGAGACCCCGGUGCAGCAUGAAGAGAAACUCGGGGAAGUGGAACACGGGACAGGACCUGAUGCUGCUUACUUCCGACUCAAGACCUGGCGAGUGGCCGGCGUGACCGGCACAGUUGAAGACAGAUGGGGAUUGGUCUACGCAGAGUUGAACUCGGAGCCGCAAGUGAGAGCUUUGGGGGACAAGCCUUUAAAGAAUUUGGUGUCGCGCUUCAACCAACUUGUUCGCGUCCAAACCGCCAAGAACAAUGACGCCGCACGAGCAUCGGGAGUAGGGAAUACCUCCGGCGACGACCUCGACGGAGAAGAAGCCAAGCUAGUGAGAAGCUAA